GUCUCUUUACCCCCCCCCUUUCUUCUUGAAUUUAAUCUCCGGUUACUCCCAUCACAUUCUCAAGAAACAAACCCAGAAAAAAUGGCGAAAAUAUUGUUGUUCAUUGCGCUGUGUGUGAUUCCAUCUCUGGUUAGUUCUACACGCAUGGUGAAGAGCCCAUUGGUGGUUCAAGGUCAAGUUUACUGUGACUAUUGCCGUGCGGGGUUUGAAACACCCAAGACUAGAAACAUGGCCGGUGCCAAGGUUAAGGUGGUGUGUUCCGACAGGAAGACGGGUGAAGUUGUGUACGAGAGGGAAGGAUACACGGACUCAACCGGGCAAUACAAGAUCAGUGUGUCGGAGGAUCAUUUAGAUGAGGUUUGUGAUGCUGUUCUUGUGAAGAGCUCACAGCCCGGGUGUGGUGAAAUGACACCGGGACGUGAACGUGCUCGAGUGAUAUUGACCAACUUCAAUGGCAUCGCAUCCAACACUCGUUUCGCCAACGCUAUGGGCUUCAUGGCCGACGAGGCUGAAGCUGGUUGUGCUGAGGUUAUGAAGCUGUUCCAGGAGGAAGAUAACUAAAACUUGUUAUUUAUUACUCUA